AUGCAGGAAAACACGUUUUACUCGUCAUCAACGUGGGUUGAACCUGGAUUCUUGGUGGCCAACUCCAGCGAGACCGUUCCGAUUCCGAUUCUGGAAGAAAUCGCUGUCAACGCAGUAGGACCAAUCGUGUCCCAUCAGCCAGCGCUUCCAGAACUGAUAUGCUUUGGUAUGAUACCUGGGAUUCCAGGGCGUUGCGAUUUUGAUCCCGCACUUUCUUUUCCUUUCAAGGCUUCGAUACUGUCGUCCGACAGCUUUAGUGCAAUCGCCAACCCAAAAGUCACAGGGAACAUCAAUUCCAGUCAUGGACAAAUCAACUAUGGACCUGUUGUUCAUGAACUUUUGGCGGAGUCAUCAGUAGUUUUUCAUGCCAUGUGCUGCACUGAUCCUACCAAUCCGCGCGGCAAAACCAACAGUCGAAUAUCAUGCUUGCUUGAACUGACAGUUUAUGGCCCGCCUGACUUAUCCGAGGAAAUUGGAAGCUGGCUUCAGAGUCACAAUAUCUACCUACAAGAUCCAAAACAAUGCCAUUUGGAUACAAAAUACUACAACCCACAAAGACUCUCAUCAACCACCGUCGCCGCAUCCCCGAUGGUAUCGGAUGUGGUGAGGCCCAAAGAAGCAGAACUCCAUCUCCAGGAGGUCACGCAGCUUCCCGACAUCCUCGAUGCUAUUAGUAGCAACGAAGAGCUCGAGGAAGCAUUGACACCCUCGGCUAUCUGCUCAAUUCUUCAGAGGUGGGCCAACUGGCACACCAAAAGCAGGCCCUCACAUUCAUGCAGCAGCGAGAACGGGGAUGGGCCUUCACUGGCCAAAGAAAAGAUAUCUGGGAGCUGGAACCCGGCGCCAACAAAGACGUGUGAGCAGCCAAAUUUCAUCUUCAGGGUCUCCAUUGAGUCGGGGGAGACCAUAACACUCAACAAUCUGACCAAUCGCAGGUUUCACAAUAGGGUGUCUGGGCACCGUCAAGUCGAAGAGCCUCCACAGUUCUUUGGGGGCGUGAUAGCUGACCCCAUGGGCUUUGGGAAGACUUUGACAAUGAUUGCGUUGGUAGCUUCCGGUCUUGGGGUCACUGAUGGCAUUGACGACUGCCACCCUGGUGAUUGUACCCCCUCCGCGUACGCUCCACCAAUCCCCUUUCCCAAAAACAAGUCCCGCUGCAACUCGACUGAUGCGAGAACUUUUAUAAUCAGUGUUAAACAACUGGGAGGAAGAGAUAGCGGGGCCCGACUGCUGAUCUGGCGCAGGCACACGCACACGGGCGCCAUGCGCUGCCACCGACAUCACGCCAAUACGCGAAUAACCAGCCCAGAGAGCCUUGAAGGAGUGGCGAUUGUUUUGACCACGUAUCAUACUGUUUCCGCCGAAUGGAUGCCAGGCAUACAUACAAAGAGUAACACUGUCCUGUUUGGCGUUCGUUGGGCACGGAUUAUCCUCGAUGAAGGCAAGUCUAACCAUUAG